AUGAGGUCAACCUACUCUGAGAAUCAAACUGUUGUCCUGGAAUUCAUACUCCUGGGAUUUAAAAAUAUUAAACAAGGCAAGAGCUUCCUCGCCAUCCUCUUUCUCACUGUGUAUACCAUUUGCUUCUUAGGAAACUUGCUCCUAAUCACCGCGGCUGCAUUGAAUCAUUCUCUCCAUACCCCCAUGUAUUUCUUUCUUGGCAACCUCUCUUUCCUUGAUAUAUGUUACAUCUCUGUGACUGUCCCCAAAAUGUUGGCAGAUCUCUGGGCUGAAUCUGCAGGCAUUUCCAGAAGGGGCUGUGCUACACAGUUGUAUUUCCUUGUUGCCUUAGUGGGCACUGAGGGGUUCCUUCUGGCUGCUAUGGCUCUGGAUCGCUACUUUGCUAUAUGCCGCCCACUGGUCUAUGCCAGACUCAUGACUAAAUGGACCUGCCUCCUGAUGGCUGCCAUAUCCUGGGUGUGUGGCUUCCUCAAUGCUUCUCUCCAUACCACGCUCACAUUCAGUCUGUCUUUCUGCCAAUCCAAUGAAAUUAAUCACUUUUUCUGUGAUAUCCCUCCAUUGCUGAGUAUUUCAUGUUCCGACACAACUAUUAAUGAAGUUGCCCUUCUCACCGUGGGGGUAUUUGUUGGGCUUAGCCCUUUCUUCUUCACUCUGAUCUCCUAUGUAUUCAUUCUUCAUGCCAUUUUGAGCAACCAUCAGAAAAGACAGCAUCACAAAGUCAUUUCCACCUGCGGAUCGCAUCUCACUGUUGUGAUUCUCUUCUAUGGCUCCAGCAUCUUUACAUAUGUCCGUCCUACUUCUAGCUACUCACUGGAAAAGGACCAGCUUGUAGGGGUUCUAUAUAGUAUCUUAACACCAACUCUCAACCCUGUCAUUUACAGCUUACGGAACAAGGAAGUGAAAUUAGCUAUGAGGAAGCUGAUGGGGGACAGAAUACUCUUUAGUUGA